CUCAGUAGAGUCACAGCGAGCAUUCGACACAGUCCACGGUGAAGCUCUAAACUUAACGUGAUACACAAUCACAACUAGUUGUCAGUCACAGUCACAGUCAGCAACCAGUGUUGAAGAGAUCGUCAUGGCAACCAGUACAAUAAACUUGGAAAAUGGGAGCGAAGAGCAAACGCGCGAGUUUUUAGAUUCAUUCGACAUCGUUUUAUCGGAUUGCGAUGGUGUCCUUUGGUAUCUUGACAAACCGAUCCCUGGAUCGGCGCACGCGCUUCGUAAACUACAGGAACUAGGCAAGCAGCUGUAUCUAAUAAGCAAUAACAGUACCAUAGGCAUAGACGACUACCAUAAGCGACUAGAUUCACACGGAUUAGAUAUCAAAGAGAAACAAAUAAUAAACACCGCGAAAACGAUUAGCUGGUAUCUGAAGAAGGUUCAGUUCACGGGCGAAGCUUUCGUGAUUGCUACGACACAAUUCCGACAAAUUUUAAUCAACGAUGGAUUUAAACUCGUACCACAGGAUAAAACUCAGGUCAUAGAGCAUAAACGAUACGAAGGACUAAAGGGUAUCGAGGAUGACCCAGCUAUUAAAGCAGUGAUCGUCGAUUUCUGUUUUCUCUGUGAUUGGACAAGAUUAGCAUUAGCCAUUUCUUGCUUGAAUAGAAAAGACGUUCUUUAUAUAUGCGGCUGUAAAGAUGAGUGGCUCGUUUAUCAUGGCAAUAAGAAAAUUUUAGGUUCUGGUCCCUUGAUCGAUCUAAUUAGCAGACAGAGCAAACGAACACCGUUAGAAUUUGCCAAGCCUAGUGAAUAUCUAAAAAAUUACAUUUUUGAUAUGUGCAACGUGAAAGAUCCAAGCAGAUGUUUAAUGAUCGGCGACUCGAUAAAGACAGAUAUGAAAUUCGGUGCUAUGUGUGGAUUUAAAAAAUUGUUCGUCAACACGGGCACGGACAAAAUAAACGAGGCGGUGAUGAACAACGAGUGUUGCCCAGAUUUUUAUAUUCCGAGUCUGGCGUUGUUAAACCCCCUUAUCGAUUCGCUGAAAAACGAAUCGGACAAUUAGAAAAGUCGUGUUCCUUAUGUUUCUGAAUAAUUGUAAAUAUGAUGCUAAUACCUAAUGAAACGAGAUUUUAUUUAAUCGGUUUAAUUUGCAUUUCUGCUGAGAAUUACUGACAAGACGAAGGUUAAAUCAAAUAUGCUAACUUUUAUCAUAACUUCACUCGUAUUAUGCUUGCUCGUAACCGAGAUAGAAAGAACAUUUCCAAUGUGUAUAUUAUUCAGCGAAAACUGAUGGCACGUUCGUGUACCUCUAUCUUCAAAUUAGUAUCAUUAUCGUAAUUGCUGUAUUAGGUCAUAUAUUCAGAAACUAAAGCUUCGUGGAGUUUUUAUAUUAACAGUUCCUGACGUGGAAUACUUAUAUAAGGUAUAUCAAAUUGUAUUAACUGUGGGAUCAAUUCAAAUAAAGUGAAAUUAGAAAAU